AUGGCAAAAGACAGGCUGAGGGGUAUGGGAUAUGUGGAGGAUGUAACAUGCUCUUUAUGCAAUGGAGAGGAGGAGACAGUGGAUCACCUAUUUUUCAAAUGUAGUUAUGCAUCAAGAAUAUGGGCAGCAAUGCUACAAUGGCAAGGCAUUCAUAGGCAACCAAUGAUAUGGGCAGAUGAACUUCACUGGGCAGAGAGGUACUACAAAGGGAGGAGUACAAAGGCUGAGCUAUACAAACUUGUGCUGGCAGGAAAAUUGUACUACAUAAGGCAAGAAAGGAAUAGCAGGAUUUUCAAUAAAGUUCAAAGAUCAGAAGCCAUCAUAUGCAGAUCAAUCACACAGGAUGUACAUGGAAGAGGAGGAAGCAAGCAUAGGAUACAAAAGAGAUUGCAGGAACUUAAUUACUAUCCUAGUUUAUAA